UUAUAACAGUAGUUGAUGAUCAAGAGCAGUAUAUGGAAGGGCUAAAUCAAGCUGAUUUAAAACGUACUGAAAAUAAGAGAUUUCUGAUUGACCUUGGAAGACAUGAUUUAUUGUAUUGUAUGAAAGAAAAUAGUACAGUUGAGGAAAAGCAAAUUUUAUUUUUCACCAAAAAUAAUUGUUUAAAAUGCUCAAGACAAUUCAGAUAUUUACGAAAUCAAAACAAACCUUUGGUGGUCCAAGAAGCCGAAACAACACUCUCCAAAACUUUAAAUUUUACAAAUUACAUUCAGUACAUAAAAGCCAGAUCAUCCGUAGAUGUCACGUUAACUACCUGCUAUGGAAACGAGAAAUUAAAGCCCAAAGAAACCUGUUUUGUACAGUCAGAGUUCUCAUUCCGAGUUGAUAAUGAAUGUAAUCUGUACUAUGACAAUCUGUUUAUAUCAAGAAUUUGCGUUAUUUAUCCUCAACCUCAGAACUUUUCCAAUGACAAGAUUGUCAAUCCUCAGUUUUAUUCCGUAUAUUUACAAAUGAUGCUGUCACAAAAGCAUAUCUCACAAAGACUUGUUGAUGAUGAAAAAAGAAGAAUUAUUGCGCUUGGUGUAGAAUUAACAGGCGACCUAAUCAAAAAUGAAUCAAUACAACGGGAACCGAUAGACGAUGUACUAUCAACCAAAUCCAGUUCGUUCAUUAGCACAUCAAGUCCCGUCAUAUUAAGCAAGGCUCGUCCAGCGGGUGUACCUGUGGCCGAAUAUUUACAGCAUAUACCAAACGACUGGACUACAGCGGAUAAAUUAAGACAGUUAAUGAUUUGGUUUGGACAAAAGGCAUUGGAUGACGAGAUACCCAAACCCAGACUUAGUAUAGCGGACAAGGUGAAAAUAAAACUCAUGGAGAAAUUAAGAACAUCGCCUACCUUAAUUAACGUACUGCAUAACCUUCCCGACUUAAAGGCCUUAUCACAAGAAAAGAACACCACCAAUGUCAAGAAUGACAAGGAUUUGAAACAGUAUAGUCAAGAUAUUAAAGACAUAAAAAGCGAAUUAGAACAGUGGGACCGGUGUGAGAAUGACAUUUAUGAACAGCAUGCGUUAGCGAGGGAUAAAUUAACAAAGGCCGAAGAACGAUCGAGGGCGGUGAUAGACAUUAAUGAUGAUUUUAUGGAUCAAAUCGAGCCGAGUCAACGUGAAUAUUUAGAUGGAUGUUUCGAUGUGGAGAGAGACGAAGCGAUACGAUUGAAGGACAACGUGAGUAAUAUGGCGAUGGAAGUAACACAGCUUCGACAGACACUUUCUAUCGCUACUCACAUGAACCAACAUGCUGUGACAUUAGCAGAACAAUCUAAAGUGGCAUUGGCUCAUAAAAUACAGGAUAUUUCACGUGUGGUGCCCAUGGAUGCCGAUAAGAGACAAUUAGGCUUGUUUGAUGAUACAGGGGCAACUCGAAAGCAAGACGAACUUCUACAUAUGGAGUCUGCUUUGAGACUUUUAUGUAAAUCUAAAGACCCAAAUCAAUAA